AUGGCAAACUACAGAGGAAGUUCCCAUUUCCGAAGCAUAGCUAGAUUUCUCUCAAGAAGACAAUCUCUUUUUACAAUAUCUCUUUUCACAAUCUUUGUUUUUUCCUUUUCAAUUUUCCUUCUACUCUUUGGUUUUACCCCUAAGGAUGAUGACAUCUUGGAAGAGGACACAAAACUUGAAGAAUCACAAUAUCAAUCUGUGCACAUGCAGCAGCAGGAGGUGCUUCUUUCAUGUUUAUUGUUGAGUGGUUGGAAUUGGUCCAGGAAACUGUGGUUUUGCGCUUCAAUUUUCUUGUGGUUUUUCGGGAGAAAACAUACUUGGGAUACUGCUGAUUGGAUUGUGGGGAAGUUUGUUGGCGUCUUACCAGUUUCUAUCUUCUCUCAAACUGGGGAGAAAUUUUUUAGCUUUAGGAGGUAUCGAACGGUCAAUGUCCGUGACAAUGUGAAAGGGGUCACGGUUGUGGUGAUGAUGACUGCCUUUGAGUUUUUCUCUCUCUCUCUCUCUCUUUCUUUUGGGUGUGAGGAGGAGCAUGUGGGGAGAGGUUUGUGCUCAGGGUUGAGGGUCUCAACUCUACUUCUGAUCUCAGAUAUGGUGGCUGUGGCACACGUCAUGAAUGCGACCUUAGUCAUUCCUCAACUGGAUAAACGCUCAUUCUGGCAAGACACAAGCACUUUCUCUGACAUAUUUGACGAGCUUCAUUUCAUCACGACCUUACAAGAUGAUGUAAGAAUCGUUAAGGUGCUACCGAAGGAAUUGGAGUCAAUUCCUCGGGCCAGGAAACACUUCACCUCCUGGUCUGGCAUGGGUUACUAUGAAGAGAUGGCUCGAUUAUGGAAGGACUAUCAGGUAAUUCAUGUUGCAAAGUCAGAUUCCCGGCUUGCAAACAAUGAUUUGCCUCUUGAUAUACAAAGGUUGAGGUGCCGUGCUCUAUAUCAUGCUCUCCGCUUCUCUCCUCCAAUUGAAAGCCUAGGAAAGAAGCUGGUGGAGCGUCUGAGAUCACAUGGGGGAAGAUACAUUGCUCUCCAUCUGAGAUAUGAGAAGGACAUGCUUUCUUUUACUGGCUGUACAUAUGGGCUGACUGAGGCAGAAUCUGAAGAGCUGCGAAUAAUGAGGGAGAAUACAAACCAUUGGAAGGUUAAAACGAUAAACUCAACAGAACAGAGGGUGGGAGGCUUUUGCCCUCUGACUCCAAAAGAGGUGGGAAUAUUUCUUGAAGCUCUUGGCUAUCCUCCAACAACAACAGUUUAUAUUGCAGCAGGGGAAAUUUAUGGUGGAGAAGCUCGACUUUCAGAACUGAUGUCUCGCUUUCCAAAUAUAGUUUUAAAGGACAAUUUGGCUACAGAAAAGGAGUUAAAACCAUUUGCUAAACAUGGCAGUCAAACUGCCGCACUUGAUUAUAUUAUUUCUAUAGAGAGCGAUGUCUUCAUUCCCUCUCAUUCAGGUAAUAUGGCCAGAGCUGUUGAGGGCCACAGAAGAUUCUUAGGACACCGCAAGACAAUCAACCCAGACAGGAAAGGACUUGUCGGGUUGUUCGAUAAGCUAGAAAGUGGAAAGCUUAAAGUUGGGUCCUCAUUGUCAAACCUUGUGCAGGAAAUGCACAAAAACAGGCAAGGAGCUCCAAGAAAAAGAUAUGGUCCAUUGCCAGGAAUAAAAGGCCGAGCACGUUUGAGGACUGAAGAAUCUUUCUAUGAAAAUCCAUAUCCAGAGUUGAACCCAAAUCAACAACAAGCUCACCAGUUGUCUACAUCAAAACUAACGGAGCCUAGCCGGCAUCCAUUCUUACUUCUUACAUUCGCAGAGUCAAAGACUGGAGAAGAAGCCUACUUAGUUAAAGCAAAUACUACUACUACAGAAAUGAAAUCCCUCAUUUCGAAUUCAAUCCUUCAAAUCCCAAAUUCCCCACCGCCACCUCUAAUAAUUCCAUCCCGACAAUGUUUUCAUAAAAUUGUUUUCAAAACCAAAUUAAGCUUCGGAAAUCUGCAAUUACUUCUCUUCAGGAAUCAAAACUUACUUAAAUUCACUGCAUUUGCUGCUCCUUCUUCGAGUUCUUCUAACUCGGUUACCACUUCCUCUAACUCAGUGCAAGUAGCUGAAGAAGACUCUGAUUCCACUCGCUUGUUCGAGAAACUGAAAGAAGCAGAGAGAGAAAGAAUUAAUAAAUUGGAAGAAUUGAGGAGGAAGGCGGAUGUACAAUUAGAGAGGAAUCUAGUGAUGGCUUCGGAUUGGAGCAGGGCAUUGUUGACGAUGCGAGGGAAGUUGAAAGGAACGGAAUGGGAUCCUGAGAAUUCUCAUAGGAUUGAUUUUAGUGAUUUUUGGGGACUUGUUAACUCUAAUAAUGUUCAGUUUAUGGAGUAUGCGAAUUAUGGCCAGAAUGUUUCAGUGGUUCUGCCAUACUACAAAGAUGCCAAAAAGGAAGGAUCAGAGGGAAAUUCAAACAAGGAAAUAAUUUUCAGACGCCAUGUGGUUGACCGUAUGCCUAUUGAUUGUUGGAAUGAUGUUUGGCAAAAGUUGCACCAGCAAAUAGUCAAUGUUGACGUCCAUAAUGUGGAUGCGGUACCUGCAGAAGUCUACUCAACUGUUGCAACUGCUGUCAUAUGGGCAAUGCGACUUGCUCUAUCGGUGGCAUUAUAUCUCUGGCUUGAUAAUGCUAUGAGACCAAUUUAUGCAAAAUUAAUUCCUUGUGAUUUGGGAACGCCAACCGAAACAGUUAGGCAGCCACUGAAACGUCGUGCACUUGGGUCAUUAGGCAAGAGUAGGGCAAAGUUUAUAUCAGCAGAAGAAACUACUGGUGUUACUUUCAAUGAUUUUGCUGGCCAGGAAUAUAUAAAGAGGGAAUUGCAAGAGAUUGUACGAAUUUUGAAGAACGAUGAAGAGUUUCAAGAUAAGGGUAUUUAUUGCCCUAAAGGUGUCCUUCUCCAUGGGCCCCCAGGAACUGGUAAAACGCUGCUAGCUAAAGCUAUUGCUGGUGAAGCAGGACUACCUUUCUUCGCUGCAAAUGGCACAGAUUUUGUAGAGAUGUUUGUAGGUGUUGCAGCAUCUCGUGUCAAGGAUCUUUUUGCUAGUGCCAGAUCAUUCGCUCCUUCCAUCAUUUUUAUUGAUGAAAUUGAUGCCAUUGGUAGCAAGCGUGGUGGACCUGAUAUUGGCGGUGGUGGUGCAGAGAGAGAGCAAGGUCUGCUUCAGAUACUGACCGAGAUGGAUGGAUUUAAGGAAUUUACAUCACAGGUGCUGGUUAUAGGUGCAACAAAUAGACUUGAUAUUCUUGAUCCCGCUCUCUUGAGAAAAGGUCGUUUUGACAAGAUUGUAAGAGUUGGUCUGCCAUCUAAAGAUGGCAGAUUGGCAAUAUUGAAGGUGCAUGCUAGAAAUAAAUUUUUUCGGUCAGAGGAAGAAAAGGAUGCUCUACUGCAGGAAAUUUCUGAGCUUACAGAUGAUUUUACAGGGGCGGAGCUGCAGAACAUACUGAAUGAAGCUGGAAUUUUGACUGCCAGGAAGGAUUUAGACUAUAUUGGACGAGAAGAACUUUUAGAGGCCUUGAAGAGGCAAAAAGGCACAUUUGAAACAGGACAAGAAGAUAGCACUGAAAUUCCUGAGGAAUUGAAGUUAAGAUUGGCAUAUAGAGAAGCAGCUGUUGCUAUUCUUGCAUGCUACUUUCCAGAUCCCUUCCGCCCUUUCACCGAGACUGAUAUCAACUCUAUCACUAGCCAGCCAAACAUGCGUUAUGCAGAAACUGCAGGCAGGGUGUUUGCAAGGAAAUCGGAUUAUGUGAACUCUAUAGUGCGUGCCUGUGCUCCUAGGGUGAUUGAGGAGGAGAUGUUCGAGGUAGACAAUAUGUGUUGGAUCUCUGCAAAGGCUACUUUAGAAGCUUCGCGGCUUGCAGAAUUUUUGAUCCUGCAAACUGGGAUGACAGCAUUUGGGAAAGCAUUUUACAGGAAACAUAGUGAUCUUGUACCCAAUCUCGCAGCUAAACUUGAAGCUCUCCGAGAUGAAUACAUGCGAUAUGCUGUGGAAAAAUGUACAUCUGUUUUGAGAGAAUGCCAUUCAGCUGUAGAAACAAUUACAGACAUUUUACUUGAUAAGGGACAAAUAGACGCUGCUGAAAUCUGGGACAUAUACAAAAAAGGUCCUCGGAUACCACAACCAGCUGUAAGGCCCGUCGAUGAAUAUGGAGCCCUAAUUUAUGCUGGACGGUGGGGGAUCCAUGGGAUUACCGUUCCUGGGAGGGUUACUUUUGCACCUGGAAAUGUUGGGUUUGCAACCUUUGGUGCACCCCGCCCUAUGGAGACACAAGUUGUCAGUGAUGAAACUUGGAAGCUAAUAGAUGGUAUCUGGGAUCAAAGGGUUCAGGAAAUAAAAUCUGAAGCUUCAAUGGAGAUUGAAGAAGAUGAGGAGAAGCCACAACUUCUGAUGGCCAGCCAUUUCCUUUGA